CAGCCAACAAAUGUUACAGUGUCCUGUGGCCAUCCUCAAAGCUUUUCAAACAAAUCACUUCACUUGGCUUGAAGCCAUGGGUUCUCGAACCUAAGAGUUGCGGGGGUGGAACCAGUGGAGGCUUGGACGAUUGCUUAGUGCUUCCAUGCGGGGUCAGGUUGUCGAGGAGCAAGGCUGACGCUGCUAUGCUACCCGACUCCUUUCCUAUCAGUCACACACGACUCGGAACCUGUAAUCCUGGUUGUAUUAUUGGACAGAAUCUGGGAACUGUCAGCAUGGAGACACUCGACUCGAUACUGAAUACUACCUUGAAGGGUUGGAGUGUAGUAUCGGUUUUUCACGUGGCUAUACAGGAAAGCUAUUCAUUUCGUCGCUUAUCAACACUGAGAACGAAAUAAAUUAAGAAUGCUUUCCCCUUAUUACGGCCUCGUCGUUCAGAUUCCCAUUAUCCGCAUCAGUAAUUACCUGUGCACACUCCACCAUGUCCGUGGAAAUCACUCCCCAUGACCAUAGUGAGAGCAUCGACUCUCCUCCAGAUCUACCAGCAGGAUGGAAAUACAGGCAGCACCGCAUUUUUGGCUUCAACAUUCCCUGGUAUGCCUCGCCUAGCGUUCAGCUGUUGUUGGUGGCUUUUGUCUGUUUCAUGUGUCCUGGAAUGUUCAACGCCCUGGGUGGCUUAGGUGGUGGUGGAAAGACGGACGCUACUUUGGCAGAUAACAUGAACACGGCUCUUUACAGCGCCUUUGCAGUCUUUGGCUUCUUUGGUGGCACUUUUAUCAACAAGCUGGGUGUCAGAUGGACUCUCGCCUUUGGAGGAAUCGGAUAUUGCAUCUACGCCAUCAGCUUGUUGGUCUCGGUUCACGCCAGCGUUGCCGGCUUCAAUCUCUUCGCUGGUACCUGGCUCGGUAUUUGCGCCGGUCUCUUGUGGACCGCUCAGGGUACCAUCAUGAUCUCGUACCCUACUGAAGAACAAAAGGGAAGGUAUUUUGCUUGGUUCUGGGGUAUCUUCAACAUGGGUGCCGUUAUUGGCAGCUUGAUUCCCCUCGGCGAAAAUAUCCAUGUCAAGACUAACAUUACCGUCUCCGACGGUACUUACAUCGGCUUCAUUGUCUUGAUGUUUAUCGGUGCACUCCUUGCUCUCUGUCUCUGCAACGCUAGCGACAUCAUCCGAGCCGACGGCAGCCGUGUCAUCUUGAUGAAGCAUCCUAGCUGGCAGUCUGAGCUGCUCGGCCUCUGGGAAACCCUCCGAUUUGAGCCAUUUGUGGUCCUCCUUUUCCCCAUGUUCUUCUCCUCGAACUGGUUCUACGUCUACCAGCAGAACUCGGUCAAUGGUGCUCACUUUGAUACCCGCACAAAGGCUCUUAACAGUCUUCUGUACUUCCUGGCGCAGAUCAUUGCAGCUGCCAUCUGGGGAUAUCUUCUCGAUAUUCAGACCGUUCGCCGUUCCGUCCGAGCGAAGAUCACCUGGGUCGUUCUCUUCAUACUCACCUUUGCCAUUUGGGGCGGUGGAUACGCCUAUGAGAAGACAUACACCCGCGAAAGUGUCAAUCCCAAGCUCAACCCCCAUUAUGUCCCAACUGACUGGGAGACUCCCGGCUAUGUGGGCCCAAUGUUUCUGUACAUUUUCUAUGGCUUCUACGACGCUGCUUGGCAAGCUAGCGUCUACUGGUUGAUGGGCGCUCUCUCCAACUCCGGUCGUCGCUCGGCCAACUAUGUCGGCUUUUACAAGGGCAUUCAGUCCUGCGGCGCAGCUAUUGUCAACAACCUUGAUGCGCGCAAGCUGUCUUACAAGAAGGAAUUCAUUAGCAACUGGGUUCUCCUCGCGGCCUCCCUCGUUGUCGCCGCUCCCGUCAUCUUCCUCAAGAUCCGUGAUCACAUCGAUGUCCAGGAUGAUCUUGCGGGCACGGAUGAGACCAUAGCGGAUGUUCUUCCCGCUAAUCAUCCCGAGAAGGCUGUCGCUUAGGAAUUGCAUAUUUACUUUUCUUGGCUAAGGGUAGGGAAUGCCCAUUCUGGUAAAUUGUGGAUCUCUAGUCUCUGGAAAUAGCCUACUGUCCAGUAAACAAUAAUAUAUCUAACAGCUAAUUAUGCAAG